UCUCUGUUCACUCUAUCCGAAUCCAUAGCCUUUUCAAUCAAACAAAGAAAGCAACCAUGGACGAUGACAGCACAGCCAAAACCCACGAUUCCGGCGCCAACAGCGCAAUCCGCAACACAGAAGGAAGCGACAGCAUCCACGAGGCAUCUCACCAAGCUGUACCUCUUCCCCAUUCCUUUCCCCCAUCCUCACCUACCAAUCUCUCAAACCCAAUCUGACAAAAUACGAAGGAACCAGCAGGCGAGAAAACCCAAGGUACCGGCACGCCAGCUUUCUCGAA